UAUGGAUGGGCAAAGCAGAGUGAUUAAAAUAUACAAGAACGAAAAAUAGUUAAACAUUGAAUCUAAGCUGCGUGCGGGGGUGGUUUUCGAGAUCCAGCGUCGUGAAACUGCGAAUUCCCAGGAGAAUCGUGAGCUGAUUUCUUGAUUGUAGAAGAAAUCUGCUGUCGGAAGUGUUUUCAAGGGAGCUAUGAAUGUAAUACACCCAUUUAUAGUGCCUUCAACGUCUGUCUCUGUCUCGAAAAUUAGAAUUUGAUUUUGUGAGCCAGCAAUGAAGCAUAUUGAAGGAUAUUUGAGGGUCUCUCUGUUUCUCUCAGAGAUGGGUAAGCUUUCCGGCGUCUUCUCCUUGAGGCAUUUCUUGGUGCUCUCACUCGCCUUGAAUGUGGCCUUGAUUUCUAGAGUCGUAUAUGAGGGUGAGAAUUGGAGGGAAGAACAGAUCAGAGCGUUAAUGGCGGACGCCUCAGAAAAAUCAGCGCAUGUUAGCAUGAGCAGCAGCCCCCCUCCGCCGUCACCGUCAACGCCAUCGUCUAUGGCCGUCACCAGCACAGAGAUUAAAGAUGACGGCGAAAGAGUGAUCAAUCUCGACCAUGGGGAUCCGACAAUGUAUGAGAGGUUUUGGCAACAAAUGGGGGACAUAACAACCAUUGUGAUCUCUGGGUGGCAGUCCAUGAGUUAUUUUUCAGAUGUGAAGAACCUAUGCUGGUUUUUGGAGCCUGAGUUUGCCAAGCAGAUCAUUAGAUUACACAAAAUUGUGGGAAAUGCAGUCACUGACAACUAUUACAUCGUGGUCGGAACAGGUUCCACACAGCUCUUUCAGGCUGCAUUAUAUGCUCUCUCUCCACCCAAUGCAUCUGAGCCCAUGAGCGUGGUAUCUGCAGCCCCAUUUUACUCGUCCUACCCAUCUGUGACGGAUUUUCUCAAGUCAGGGCUCUAUAAAUGGGCUGGUGAUGCCAACAAUUUCAACAAAGAUGGUCCAUACAUUGAGCUUGUUACUUCCCCUAAUAAUCCUGAUGGGUCAAUAAGGCAACCUGUUGUUAACCGAAGUGGGGAGAAUUUGGUUCAUGAUUUUGCUUACUACUGGCCACAGUACACUCCAAUUUCUUCUCCUGCAGACCAUGAUCUCAUGUUGUUCACCGUCUCCAAAGCCACUGGCCAUGCUGGGAUGCGCCUUGGUUGGGCUCUUGUGAAGGAUAAAGAGGUUGCAAAGAAGAUGACUAGCUUCAUAGAGCUGAACACGAUUGGUGUGUCAAAAGACUCGCAGCAACGUGCUGCCAAAAUUCUGCAAGUUAUUUCUGAUAGCUAUGAACCUGUUGGCAACCCAAAAGAAAGUGGACCUUUCUUUCACUUUAGCCAUAGCAUGAUGGAAGAGAGGUGGAAAGCGCUGAGGUCAGCAGUAAAACAGAGUGGGCUCUUCAGUCUCCCUGAGUUUCCUUCCAGCUUCUGCAACUUCUUGGGUCAAGCUUUUGGAUCGCAGCCUGCUUUUGCAUGGCUAAAGUGUGAAGGAGGCAUUGAGGACUGCGGAAACUUCCUCAAGAAGCAUAAGAUUUUGACCCGGAACGGGAAGCAUUUUGGGGCUAGCCCAAAGUAUGUUCGGGUGAGCAUGCUGGACAGGGAUGAGUCCUUUAAUCUCUUUACCAAGAGAUUGUCCAGUCUCCAUCUCAGCCAGUCCAAAGAUCAUGAGGAAGAAAGUCCCUGACCACAACACCUGUAAGAGUAGAGAUAUUGGGGGUUCAGCCGUUCAUGCACAUGAGAGGAAAAAGGAGAAAGGAGAAAGGAGAAAAAAAAAAAAACACAGAGAAAAGAAAAGGAACAUAUUUCUGUUCUAUUUGUAAUGAUCUCUCUAUCUUAUUUAUGUGGUUUUGAGAGGUCACUUGUUAUUGAAUCAAUAAAUGAUGCCAAAUUUCCCUUCAUUGAACUAUAUAUGCUUUUACAUGAC